AUGGCUCGGGAAAGGAUUCUGCUUGCCGGCGUCACAGGAUACAUUGGGGGCAGUGUGCUCCACCAACUGCUUCGCAGCAAACAUGCAGCGAUCAAAGACGCUGAUAUUACGUGUCUCGUUCGAGGCCAAGAAAGAGUUGCACAGCUCCACGCUGCGUUUGGUGACAGGGUCAAGGUUAUCGGCUUCGAAGGUCUGGACGAUACUGACCACCUUGUCGAGAUAGCAAGUCAGUACGACGUCAUCUUCAACAUGACGCUCGGUUAUCAUCUCGCCAGUGCUGCGGCCUUUAUCGAGGGUCUUUCGGUGCGCCAGAAGUCCACUGGCAAAGAUGCUUGGAUGGUCCACACUUCAGGUGUCUCGAACCUUGCGGACCAGCCACUCUCGGGUGUUCACGUUGAAUCCAACCCCGAUCUGGAAUUCGACGACUCGAGGGACAACAUCUAUGCGUAUGAGAAGUCGCGCAACACAGUAAAAAAGUACAUUCAACGCACAACGGAGCUUGGCAUGAUAGAUGCUGGACUCGAGUCAGGCGUGAAGACUGUCGUUCUCAUGUCUCCAUUGAUCUACGGGGUUGGAACGGGCUUGUGGAAUAAGCGUAGUCUGCAAGUUCCUCGAUUGGCCCGAGCGGCGAUCUCUGAAGGGGAAGCCAUCGUUAUCGGUGACGGCAAGGGUGUGUGGGACAACGGUACUAUUACCGCCGAAUCUCUGUCACAAACGCACGCUGAUCUCUUGCUCUAG